AAAUUUAGUUAUUAUGUAUUUGGCUGCUUUAAUUGUUUGUAUAUUGUAUUUGCCACAUGAUACGCUAUGUGAAACUAAUUCAACUGAUAAGGAUGCAACAAGCUAGUCCUAUCAUAAUACCACCCUGGGACAUAUUACUGUAUAAUGACAGUUUUACGUAUGAGUACAGUAACGACCGAAAAGUGGACCUGUAUUGCACUUUUCCCCGAACCAAUUACACCACAUUAUACUCGAUUAAAAUAUAUAAAAACACAACCAUCUUAUACUCGAUAGAUAUGACAAACAACAAUGGUACGGAGUGUCUAGCAACAAGCCGUACCCGACAAAUGGACUCAACUAUACGACUGAAUCAAGAUCACAUGGUCGUAACCAUACCUCACCCCACCGAUACGACCAUGGGCAAUUAUACGUGUCAAUACGAUUACCUGGAUAUUACCCAUAAUUACCAAUUAUUUUAUUACACUUUAAUGAAUAUAUGCAAUAAGAAAUCGUGCGAUCGAUUGCACCAGGGUGUGAUUCCAGGUCACCAACAACAUAUAAUCAGCGAUCGUAAACGGGAUCAUUACCAGGAUAAUUAUAGAUACUAUGAGUCGUGCGUGUAUAGCACAAACGGGAGUGCCCAGGUACGUAUGCAUAAUGUACUGUUACGCACAUAUAAUAAUGUACCUGUAUUGCACCCGUAUCACUGCAUAAGAGAAGAGAACCGCUUCUCUCACUUCAGGAUCGUUGCCAUCGAUAGCCAGAUUCGUAUGAAUGAGAAUACGAAGAGUCUAAACAUCUUGGAUCUCAACCUACAAUUGACGUCAAUUCUACUGAACGGUUGUUUCAAUUGCCAGUUCUGUGUCAUAGACUCGAUAUUCUCAUUCGUGGAAUAUGUCGGCGAUUGUAUGGAUAGAGUGGACAUCCAUUGGCCGAUUUGUUGGUCAGAUAAUGUUUUCUCUUUUGAUUGCCUUUGCCUUUGGUUUGGGAGUCAAUCGCAGAGCACUUCUUCGUUUGCGACACAUUUUGGUGACAAUUUUGUGUCCAUUCGUGGGGACCGACAGUCCGUUCUGUCUGUCGAUGAGUUGUCACUCAGACAUCAAUUCAUUGGUGUGACUGUCCAUCACUUCGACACCCGUUCUCAGGAUGACUCUCAACGGGAACUCCUCUUUGAGUGCAUCACUUGA